AUGAUUCAUCAAUUGACGUGGGCUACGUUGAUAGCCAUUGCUGCCACUAAAGGCAUCAUAGGAGUUUCUCCAGAAAACCAGCAUUUGUAUCAGCCAAACUCCAAUGGGAAGUGGGCCUGUCUUCUGGAUCCAUCCAUAGAGUUGAACCUUGAACAGAUCAACGAUGAUAUAUGUGACUGUCCAGAUGGUUCUGAUGAGCCAGGAACUGCUGCAUGCUCCUCAAUUAGAAGCAAAGAAGGCUUUUAUUGUUCAAAUGAAGGUUACUUCCCUGGCUACAUUCAGAAUUUCAAAGUCAAUGACGGGGUCUGCGACUAUGAGGUCUGUUGCGACGGUUCUGACGAGUGGGCGACUGGAAAGUGUCCAAAUAAGUGUGAUGUUGUCAAGAAGCAGUUUGACGAGUACGUUGCUGAAACGAGGGCAGAGCUUGGUCGAGGAUUACGUACCCGUGAGGAGUUUGUGAAGAAGGCUGAACGUGCCAAAUCAGUUGUGGCCCAGAAAUUGGAAAAGAUCCAGGAAGAAAUUGCAGCUAUCGAGGCCCAAAUCAAGAAUGAAAACGAUAAGCUUUCAAGGGCCAAGAAUGUUGCCGAGCUGGACUCCAACGAAGAAAGCUACACCAAGGAACUCUCAGAUUUGACUUCCCAGCUCCUGGAUUAUAUCAAGAACUCAGUCACGUCUGAAGAAAAGAGCAAGUCGACCAUCUCAAAGCUUGAGGGCCUUUUGAAUGAUUUGGUUGAAAAGUACAACUCAAAUGACGAUGGCUCAAGCGUGAAGCAGUGCAUCAAUCAAUUCAAAGAAUACCUCACCGGUAAGCAAGAAGAGGAAAAGAGAUCCGAGUUUUCCAUUGACCUGUUUGUCGAGAAAAUAAAGGGGCUCAAGCCAUCCAACUUGUUACCUAACCAGAACAUCAUUUCUGUUGAACCUACUUUUGACAACAUGUUGCAUCACUACUACCUGAAGUUUUUGAAUACUUUCAAGCCUAAAUCAGAGGAAGAAGAAGUCAAACAAGACAAACCGAAAGCAAAUGUCUCGAACCGUCAGAUUGUUGCUAUCGAAAAGACUAUCGCUAAGUUAGAGAAAGAUCUCCACUCUAAAAAGUCCGAGGCAUCAAUUUACGAGGACAACGUGCAGAAACAAUUCGGCAAGGAUGACAUCUUCAGAGCUGUGGAAGGAGAUUGGGUCAGUCGCCAAAUUGGCGAGUACAACUACAAGAUUGGUUACCUAGACUCGAUUUAUCAAGACAAUACUCUAGUUGGUCGUCUAACUGGAAUAAAGGGUUCUACAUUGCAUUUCGAGCACGGCGUGAAAUGCUGGAAUGGUCCCCAUAGAUCAGCGUACGUGGACUUGGUUUGUUCAGCUGAUACGAGGUUGGUUUCUGUCACUGAACCUGAAAAAUGCCAGUACAGGUUCUUGUUGGAAACACCAAUUGCUUGUGAGGCCAAGAGCGACGAUGAGAUCGCAAAGGAAUUUAAGGUUGACCCUUCUAAUCUUUAG